AUGUCAGACACUGAGGAAAUUGUGGAGGAAUAUGAGCAGGAGGAGGCAGAGGAAGAGGAGGUUGAAGAAGUUGAAGAAGAAGAAGAAGAGGAGGAGGAAGAAGAAGAGGAGCAGAGGGACACUGAAGCAGAGAAGAAAGAAGAGCAUGCUGAUGAGAACGAGCAUGAAGAAGAGUCCAAACGGCGACGACUUAUGUUCCAAAAUAUCGCUCCUCCGAAGCUCCCUGAUGGUGAGAAGGUGGACUUUGAUGACCUCCACCGCAAGAGAGUAGAAAAGGAUUUCAACGACCUCCAGACGCUGAUCGAGCUGCACUUCUCCAACCGUCAGAAGGAGGAGGAGGAGCUGGUCUCGCUGCGCAACCGCAUCGAACGCCGCCGCUCUGACAGAGCCGAACAGCAACGUGUCCGCACAGAGCAGGAGCGUGAGCGCCAAGCGCGGCUGGCCGAGGAGAGGGCGAGGCGAGAGGAGGAGGCGGCCAAGCUGCGCGCCGAGGAGGAAGCCAAGAAGAAGAAGAUAUUCACCAACAAGUCGUUCGGUGGCUACCUGCAGAAGGUGGACCAGAAGAAGGGCAAGAAGCUGACGGCACGAGAGGAGAAGAAGAAGGCCUUGAUGGAGCGCAGGAAGCCGCUCAACAUCGACCACCUGAGCCAGGAGAAGCUGGCAGAGAAGGCGCAGGACCUGUGGCAGUGGCUCCACCAGCUGCACGCCGAGAAGUUUGAGCUGGCCGAAAAGCUCAAGAGGCAGAAGUACGACAUCUACGUGCUGCGAAACCGAGUCAACGACCACCAGAGGGGCUCCAAGGCAUCUAAGACGUCCCGCGGCGCCAAGGGCAAGUCUGGCUCCUGGAAGUGAGGGGCAGAGUCCACGGCAACCGGACUGCCGAUUUUGUUUCUGGACUAUUUGGCUCCUAUUUACAACUUGUAUCAUAAAAGCUAUCCCAGGGAUUGGGUGUAGAUGGAGGGGAACCUCCUUUUUCAGGAGCCUGGGGGACUCAAGUGAAUGAAAUGAAGCCACAACAUCUUGAAUGACAUCUGUGAUUCUUCUAUUGAGACAAAAUGAUUUACUUUAUUCACCAUUUCAGUUUAUUACAUUUGAAUGUGUGGUGGU